AUUUGACAAAUGAAGCCGAGUGCCGUUACACGCGCGGGACAGCAUCGGCCGGGAGCAUCGGCCGUGCAGAGAAAUAAUGGCACCAGUCGAGUGGCUUAUUUUCCGCGUCGGCACCUCUCGCGUGAUGCUGCUGCUGGUAGGGCUGCUGCAACUCGUCGCGUUGUCCUGCGGGCUGUCAUCGGACACCUUCUUCCUCGACGGGGAGGAACUGCACCUUCAGAGGGAAGACUCGCAGCUGCAAAUGCUCGACCGGCACAAGAGGUACCUCAUGAAUCCAGUUGGCAGUCUUGUGCAAUGCACGUUUUUGUACGCUCUCCCUUUCGAGCUGAUGCGAAACAGAAACUUGGUGGUCGUGCUUGGAGGGCAAAUUGCGUUUGACUUGCCCAACAACAUCACCAAGCUCACUGUCCAGGACAUCGCCAGACAAGAACUUGCCCAGCCGUCGAUUUUGAGGUCCGCCGAAUUAAUACUGGACCAAAAGGGUAUCCCUGGCAGAAAAUGUAUGCUUCUGGCAAUCUGUGAGCUCGCCAGAACGCCACUAGAAAGGGAGGCUGGCCUUCUGGAGGACAUUCUCCACCUAGUCCUGACUCCUUCAGAGGGUUCGAACCCUGAAGACUGGGCGUCCCAGACGGAGCUGGAUGAGUACCUGGAGGCCGAGUACACCGGCAGGGACGACCUGAAGGCGUGCAAGGAGGCGUACCCUGAGUGCUCCUUCUCGCUGCUGAGCGGCUUUACGAAGCUCAUGUUCACUUGACUGCUGCCGAUGAUAAAUAAAAGACUCUAAUUUUGUAUGCAAA